AUGACAAUAACAUCCAAAUCUUCGAAGAUCAACAAGAACUUUGGGAUUUCAAGCAGCGCUGAAGGUGCUAUAAGAUUCACAAUGAGACUUAUUUCAUUAAGUAUCCUAUCUUUGGCAGCGGGCCUUACUAUAGCGCGGAAUUUUUCCAAUCCAAUACGCGUUCCUGGAGCAGAUCCUCAUAUUGUCACAACGGGCGGAUAUUACUAUCUGACAAACACUCAAACAACCCAUAUAUCGGUCACACGCUCCACUACUCUAGGUGGGCUGCUCAACGGUGACACUAGAACUGUCUGGAGCGAUACAAAUCCAGAUCGCAACCAAGAUAUAUGGGCUCCUGAGAUGCAUUUUAUUGAUGGAAUUUGGUAUAUAUUCUAUACUGCUGGCAAUGGAGACAUCGGACAGGGCCAGCGUUCAUUUGUACUCAAGGGAUGUGAUAUCAAUCCUUAUGACUGCAACUACACUUUUCUCGCUGAAUUGAUGCCGGCAGCUGGGGGACAAGGAGGUCCUAAAUUGGAAACCCCAUGGUCUAUUGAUGGUACGUAUCUCACCAUAGGGGCUGGUCGCUACCAUGUCGUCUCCGCCAUCAAUCAACAGGGCAUACAAAGCAUCCAAAUUGCUGAGCUCGAUACACAGACUUGGACUGUUAGCCCCUGGUCAAUUAUAUCCUCACCAACAGAGCCCUGGGAAAUGGCAGAUGCAGUAUCUGGUGAACCUGCGGCUGUGAACGAAGGACCAAAUGCACUAUAUCAUAAUGGCAGUACAUGGCUCUCUUUCUCUGCAUCUUGGUGUGGUACUCCAGCAUAUACUCUUGGGCUUUUGCACUAUGUUGGAUCUGGAGACCCUCUUAAUGCCUUGAGUUGGGAAAAGUCUGGCCCUGUUUUGUCUUCUGCGAAUGGCAAUUAUGGCACGGGCCAUAAUGUCUUUUUCUUGUCUCCUGACGGAACCGAGGUCUGGAAUGCGUAUCAUGCUACUAAUAACUCUGCGGGCAGCUGUGGCGGGGACAGAUAUACUAUGGCGCAGAUUGUUAAUUUUGAUGUAUCUGGAAAUCCUGAUCUUGGAGUUCCGGUAAAUAGAGGCUCAUCCCUCAAGGUACCAUCCGGUGAUGGCAGCUAG